AAGAAGCGAGAUUUAACUUAAGAAGGAGAGCCGAAUUCUCUUUCGCCAUUAUCAAAUUUCUUCCAAAAGCUGUAUCCAAUAUUUGGUCUUUCGCUUUUGUGAAGCAUAGAGAAAAGAUGCUGUCAACUAGCAGCUGGAGACGCCUUACCAAUUUUCGGGUUCAUCGGCUGACGGGUAUUUUUUGAUUCUGUUUCUUACAGUAGUUCUAGCAGCAACACACGUAGGAGAGGUAAAGGCAAAUCUGUUUCAUUCGAUAACAUUGAUGAUGCUUUAUCUUCGUUUAGUUUGAUGCUUCAUAGGAAUCCCUCACCACCCAUUUGAGAAUUUAAUCAAUUAUUUUCUGCACUUCUAACAUUAUGAGACUGUCAUUUCUUUGUAUAAAGAGAUAGAAGUUUUUGGAAUUUCACUUGAAAUUUAUUCUAUUAGUACUUUGAUCAAUUGCUUUUCCCACCUAGACCGUGUGAAUUUUGGGUACUCUCUCGUGGGGAAAAUCAUCAAACUUGGUUUUCGGCCUACCAUUACAACCUUUAAUAGCUUGAUUAAUGGGCUUUUUAGAGAGGAUAAAUUUGUUGAAGCUGUGGAAUUGUUUGAUGAGAUCGUUGCAAAAGGGUAUCAACCUGAUAUUUAUACCUAUACUGUGAUUGUGAACUGUCUGUGUAAAAUUGGGAAAACCAAUGUGGCCUUUGGAAUGCUGAAUAGAAUGGUCGAGGAAGGUUGUAAGCCUAAUGUGGUGACAUAUAGUGCUAUGAUCGAUGGCCUUUUAAAGGAUGGGUUGGUUAUUGAGGCAUUCAACCUCUUCUUGAAAAUAAAGAGUGAAGGUAUCUUGCCUGAUGUUGUGACUUACAACUCGUUAAUCCAUGGUCUGUGCAAGUCAGGCCGAUGGAAGAAAGCUGUUAUGCUGAUUAAUGAAAUGUCGGAAGUGAACAUCACACCAAAUUUAAUUACCUUCAAUGGGUUGAUUGAUGGACUUUGCAAAGAAGGAAUGGUUUCAAAGGCUCGUGAUGUGGUCGAAUUAAUGAUGCAGAGAGCAAUGAAACCUGAUGUUAUCACCUAUAGUUCAUUGAUGGAUGGAUAUUGUCUACACAAUAAAGUGGAUCAAGCUAGAGAAAUGUUUGAUCUAAUGGUAAGCAAGGGUUGUACAACUAAUGUUUUUACCUACAAUAUAUUAAUUCAUUGUUACUGUAAGAGAAAAAUGAUAGAUGAGGCAAUGCAGCUUCUCGAUGAAAUGUCUUGCAAAGGCUUGAUUCCUAGCCAUGCCACUUAUAAUUCUCUUAUGUGUGGCUUGUGUAAAGCAAAGAGCCCUUGGAAUGCACAUAAGUUUUUCAUGAACUUGUGUGCUAGUGGCCAUUCUCCAAAUGUGGUGGCUUACUCAGUUUUGAUAGAUGGCUUCUGUAAGUAUGGGUGUAUAGAUAUGGCAUUGACCCUAUUUCAUGAAAUGCAAACGAACUUAUUGAAGCCUAAUCAUAUUGUCUAUAAUGCCUUAAUUGAUGGUAUGUUCAAAGCUGGAAGGCAUAAAAAUGCAAAGGAACUAUUUUCUAAACUUUCCAUAGAAGGAUUGCAGCCUAGUAUUUACACUUACAAUAUAAUGAUAAAUGGACUUUGUAAGGAAGGAUUAGUAGAUGAAGCAUUGAGGGUUUUCAGGAAAAUGGAAGGAAAUGGUUGCAUGCCAGAUAGUUGCUCUUAUAAUGUGAUUAUCCAAGGAUAUCUCAAAAACAAUGAUUCGUUCAUGGCAACACAACUUACUGACGAAAUGGAAGGAAAUGGUUGCAUGCCAGAUAGUUGCUCUUAUAAUGUGAUUAUCCAAGGAUAUCUCAAAAACAAUGAUUUGUUCAUGGCAACACAACUUACUGACGAAAUGGUUGGUAUGGGCUUCUCUGCAAAUGUGACCGAGUAUAUCAAUGAGUGUGAAUGAGGACAAGGACAUAGUUGUGACCGAGUGUAUCAAUGGGGUCAUGAUUGAAAUAAUCAUAGUGAUCACAGAAAUAAAAAUCCUUCUUGCCAUUGCAAAUAUAUGGAAGAUAUAUUUUGUUAUAAAACUAAAUGAUGUAUUAUAAAUAUAUUUUGAUAUUGACGUAUUAUUAUGGAAAAAAUAUAGUUUAUUAUAAAACUAAAUGAAGUAAUAUUAUGGGACUGAGUUAGCUGAUUGAUCACCAUCAGUUCAUCUGAGGUAGACUGCAGAGUGGAGACAGAAGGAGACUUAGAGGAGGUUACAUUUGUCCGUGACUGCAGCUGCUAGACAAGAGAAAGAUUUCUGUUUACUUGCAUCCCGAGCCUUGAGUGCAACAAUCUACAUUGUGUAUUCAUCUUUGUGAUAAUAGCAUUAUAUCGUAGGAGUUGAUUUUUAAACAAAGCUAGAAGUUGCCAGUAUAGACUGAGAUGAUACGGUUUCCCGCAGAGAAAUAAAAACAGGCAAUUGUGUUCUUUCGGGUUUCCUCAUAUUUGAUAUCUGCAAGAGCAGGCUUUAGAGUGGAAGGAGGAAUUUGAUUGAGAAGCGAAGAAUGUCAUUCAUCAUAUUUGUCUUGCAAGCCCAUCAAAAACUGUCGAAGAUGUUUGUUGUUACCUUAAUUAUUGUAAUGCACUAUGCAAAAGCUGCAUUGUUGUGGGUAAGACUACCUAUCCCAUAGAAUUUCCAUGGAGAUAAUAAUCUCGAACUGACUGACCAGAUUGUUGUCUAAGAGACUGGAGUUCUUAAUCAAUAUGGUACUAGGAGUUUUGAUCAACGACUGUAUUUAUAGCAGCCAAGAAAUCCCAAACUUGCUUUGCUGUCUAAAAAUUAUCAAAAAGUUGACGAUUUUUGGUGAGGUGAUGUUAGCAAGCCAACUUAUGAUCUUGACAGUGUUAGCUUCCCAAUCUGGCAUACGUGUGAUUUAAUCAGAAGUUGAGGAAAGAGGUGUAGUAACAGAACCAGUAACAUAACCUUAAAGCUGACGGCUCUGCAAAAACCAAAGCAUCUGCGAACUCCAAGAGAUAUAACAGGUGAGUGAUACCAAGUUGAAUGCAAUUAAGAUCGUAUAGUGCUACCUUAAUUAUACUAUACAAGAGAGUGCCUAUUUAUAGGCUUUACAUAGUUGACCUAAGGAUGCUUUAUUUUUUUUGAGUAUUGGGGAGUAGGUUCGAACUCGGAUCUAUUGUCGGGUCAUAUAUGUAUUUACUAUUAGACUAUGUUUUAAUAUGCGAUUUAAGAUUGCUUUAUAUAGUUGACCUACUUUAGGAAAGAAUAAUGGGAAAGAAUAAUGAUAUACAAUAAA